ACACUGCUUUCCCACACAUAUGACUUGCUUUCAUACCCUUCACACUCUUCUCCUGUGCAUACUGCCCACUGUCAUAUCCUCCACACUCCUCUCCUGUACAUACUCCCCCACUGUCAUAUCCUCCACACUCCUCUCCUGUGCAUACUGUCCGCUGUCAUAUUCUCCAAACUCCUCUCCUGUAUAUACUGCCUGCUGUCAUAUCCUCCACUCUCCUCUCCUGUAUAUACUGCCCGCUGUCUUAUCCUCCACACUCCUCUCCUGUACAUACUGCCCGUUGUCAUAUCCUCCAAACUCCUCUCCUGUAUAUACAGCCCGCUGUCAUAUCCUCCACUCUCCUCUCCUGUAUAUACUGCCCACUGUCUUAUCCUCCAAACUCCUCUCCUGUACAUACUGCCCACUG